AUGGGCCUAACUUAUAAGGAUUUUUGUGCUGUAGGUACAGCAUUGAUCAUUGGAUCAACUACUUUUUUGAUGGGGAUCUUCUUUUCUAAUCAACCAUAUGACUAUAAUAUCCUAUUCAAUCCUGCUGCCACGCCGGAGCAUUUUGAGAACGCUUUGAAACACUACCAGACUCUAUUCUACACGGCCAAGCCAACCCUUUAUAUGCUUGGUGCGGUGGCCAUUGUGGGAGUCAUUGGUUCCUUGAUUAGGGUAUACAAGCCAAAUCCAGAUUUGCAAUUAUUUGAAUACGGUUCAUUGGCUUUGUACGUUUUGGGUAUCUGUGUUUUCUUAACAAAUAUCAAGACCGGUGUUGAAUCUGCGGUUUACCAUAACUGGGGUGAAGUCUCUGAGGCGCAAGGUAUUGCUGUUGUUGCCUCUUCCAAUAUCAUUAUUUUAAUUGUCUUUGCUGGUGUCUUAGUGUUGCAAGGAGGUUUGUGGUACAGUACCUGGGAAUAUGAACAAAGAUUAGAUCAAUGGAGGAAAGACCAAUUGAAGGAAUCUGCCGCUAACCAACAGAAGGCGGAGAAAACUACUGAACCAGCUAAAACGGAAUCUAAGAAGAAGAAAUAG